CGCGAUGACGAAGGCAGGGGGAAAAUCACAAGUGAAUGGAUCUGUGUAUGAGAAUGAGGAUUUUGUUUAUUCAUACGGAUGGAAUCGUGUCAUGAUGCACGCGAUUGGGGGCUGGCCUGAGGACAAUGACAACUUCUUUAUGAGGAAUCGAAUAUUUUUGAAUGGCCUUGCACUUAUGCUUUUUGUUAUUCUACCGCAGUCAGCGAGUGCGGCUGUGUUUUGGGGAGAUCUCAAUGCUUUUAUCGAGUGUUUUUCAGUGAAUCUUGCGGUUAAUCUGUCACUUCUGAAAAUCGUCUGGCUCGGAGUUCAACGAUCUACUGUUCAGAAUCUACUGAAGCUGAUGGCUGGUGACUGGUUGAUGGAAAAAACACUUGAGGAGCACGAGGAAAUGCUGAAGAUGACUAAAAUCAUCAGACUUAUUUCGUCACUCAGUUUUUACUGGACUCUCUGUCUCUUUGCAGCAUACGUUUCUGUGCAGAUUCUCGUAGGAUUCGAACUCAGAAAUGAUCCCAACGUCGACCCAAGACUAUCAAUUGGUUUUCUCUACACCUGUGUUUUCCCCUUCGAUACUUCUCCACUAGCUGUUUUCAUCCCCAUCUGGAUAGCCCAAUUUCUCUGCACUUACUUGUCAAUGGCUGGGUAUUCUUCACCGGACAGCUUCUUAGGAAUGUUUGUGUUUCAUCAGUGUGGCCAACUGAAAGUGCUGCGUCGUAGAUUAGAGAGAAUUGUUGAUGAAAAAACGAUGGAAAAUCCCCGGGUAUUCUGGAAAAAACUCGGAGAAAUUGUCGAGAGACACGAGCAUCUGAAUGAACGAGCAUCAGAGAUCGAGGAGAAUUUCAAUAAAAUUUUUCUCGCUGCUACACUCGUUUGUAUUUUUGCAACUUGCACUCAAGGAUUCGCAGUUAUAACGUUGCUGCAAGAGACUGAGGGAGAUUUUCCAGUGCUUCAGAUGAUAUUUCUACUCGUCUUCACUACUUAUGAUUUGGGCCACUUUUUUGUAUACUGUAUGGCAGGAGAUAUAUUGAUGACUGAGAGCUCAAAUUUUGGUGUCUCAAUGUACAACAGUCAAUGGUACAAUUUAGCUCCCACCGAUGCGAAAUCAGUUCUCAUCUUCACUAGUCGAUGCAUCAUGCCACAACAGAUAACGGGCGGAAAAUUCACAGUUCUAUCACUCCCCCUUUUUGCAAACGUCGUCAAAACCGCUGCCAGUUACCUAUCAGUACUACUCGCCAUGAAAGUGUGAUGACACUUUAGUCACAUUCAGACGGAAGAAGUAUCCAUAUUCAAAACAUUGUAGCAAAAAGUGUUUUUAUUCAACAAUUGUUGUAGCUGUA